UCCGGCUGCGUCCAGCUCUGAUUCAGCAGAGUUUGAGGAUCCCGCCCCGUUGUGACUGUAACCCUCUGGGGAUGAUUAGUGACACUCACUCCUCCUCUGGACAAACAAAAGGGGUUUGCUACUUGUUUCCUCUGAAGCAAUGAUAGCGUGAAUUGUGCACCAUGAGGACCGGGCUGUCGCCUCUCCGAGUCGGACCACUUUGAAGCGACUGUGCUCCGGCGCGUCUCGAGCUCGUUUCUCAGCUGAAAUAUUGUGCUGAACAUGCUGGUAUCAGACUGAUGUAUCAUGGAUCCUGAGGAGUUAGAACUGCAGAAUGACUACCGUUACCGUAGCUAUGCGGCGGUCAUUGAGAAGGCGCUGCGAAACUUUGAGUCUUCAAGUGAAUGGGCAGAUCUCAUCUCCUGCCUGGGCAAGCUUAAUAAGGCCCUGCAGAGUAACCUUCGCUACUCGCUACUGCCCAAAAGGCUGAUCAUAGGGAAGCGUCUCGCCCAGUGCCUGCACCCAGCUCUGCCGAGCGGAGUACACCUCAAGGCUCUGGAGACCUACGAGGUCAUUUUCAAGAUCAUUGGAACAAAAUGGUUGGCCAAGGAUCUGUUUAUUUACAGUUCAGGAUUGUUCCCGCUGUUGGGCCACGCAGCCAUGGCAGUGAAGCCUGUGUUGCUGACACUUUACGAGCGCUACUAUCUCCCACUGCAGAAGGCUCUGCUGCCCAGUCUUCAGGCCUUCAUAACAGGACUACUUCCAGGCCUGGAGGAGGGACUGGGGGUUUACGACAGGACUGAUGCACUACUGCUCAAGUUGUCACUGCUGGUGGGUCAGCAGGUCUUCUAUGGUGCCCUGUGGGGCACUAUGCUCAUCAGCCCCAUGGUGCGACUACCCGCCUCCGUCUUUAUAGUCACACAUUUUGACCGCAGUGAGUCCCUGCGCGAGCAAACACACAUGCUAGGCUACGAUCACCAACUGGUGGUAAAGUCAGUUUGUCUUUCUCUGCAAGAUUCAAAUGUCCUGGUGCAGAGGAAUAUGCUUGAAAUCCUGCUCUACUUUUUCCCCUUUGCUGAAUGCAUGGACCCAGCGGAGGCCAGUAUUGCCAUGAGUGUCAAAGACAUGACCACAGUGGUGUCUGCAGCCUCGCUUACACUCCUCCGCAGAGACAUGUCUCUCAACAGACGCCUCUACGCAUGGCUUCUAGGGACUAACAUAAAAGGAGGAAUGGUGGCACCACACCCCACCCUCUCCACUACUACAGAGGAACAUACAUCCUACUAUUUUAACACCUACUCUAGAGAUUACCUUGUGCAGGCUCUGAUUAACAUCCUCAAACAGAAGGGUGUGGAGAAUGACCGGGAGAAGGUGAUUGAAUACCUCCGGCCUUUUCGCAUCAUCAUCAGUCUGCUGGAUAAACCGGAGAUAGGUCCAGUGGUGUUGAGCAGCGUGUUGUUGGAGGUGGUCCGAGCCUUCAACAACUACUGUCGAGAGAUGCUGGGGGAGGAAAUGAUCACUAGCUCAGGGCUCUCGGGCAACCAGCUAGCCAGUAAGAUAAAAGAGAAUAAGAAUGCAUCAGAGAUUAUAAAGACGGUGAACAUGCUCGUGAGCUCCAUGAACAGUGAAUACCUGUGGGAGUACAUGACCCGACGCUUGUGCACGUCUCUCAGUGACAAAGAUGAUCCACCAAUGCCUCCUCAGCAGGACCGCUGUCAUCCUCCUCCUUCUGUGACGGAGAUGUCCAAUCUUAUAAUUUUUCUGCUUGACGUUCUUCCUCUGGAGCUCCAUGCUGACAUCCAAUCACAGUUCCUCCCUGAGAUGCUGAGCACCAUGCUUUGCACUCUGCGCAGCCAUAUGGACACUGUUAGCCUGGAAGAUGUCACACAGGGUCUACGUGCUUGCUUCAAGGUCCUGAGUAAGAUCCAGAUGCCUGUAGCUGAUAUGGAUUCGGAGGCAGGGGAACACACAGAGAACAUGGAGUUACAAUCACCAGAGGAGGAAAGCAAAAAGACUCAGGAUAUAGAAAUCGAGGGAAAAAAAGAUGGUGGUGUUAGUCAGGUUAAUGGUCACCAUGGAGAUGAAGAGCUGAACCGAGAAAGAGGAGAUGAGGCAGAAGCUGCAGAUGGUGUUUACCCGACACUCAGGUCUGAAGACAGUGGACUGGGCAUCAGCGCCUCACCAUCAGAGCAACAUCUCCCACCAGGGAUGGGGUUGCAGGCCGAAGGAAAUGGAAUUUGCAAAGAAGGCGAGGGAGUGUGGAGGAAGGGAGGCAGUGUAGACACCAUGAGCCAGUGUCUGCAGGACAUCCUGGCGUUCAUAACCACUAGAUACCUGCUAGUGCAGGUGGAGGAUGUCAGGGGACAGGAGGAAGCACCCCAGCCUGAGCUAACGGUUGCUUUGGUGGAACAGAAGUCUUUGAUGUCGAAUAAAGGGGGACAGGAAAUUAAAGACAAACUGACUGAACUGUUCACUCCUAAGCUUAAAGCCCGGCCUACGUCUGACGCCCAGCUCUCAGCAGCCCCCAUAGAGAAGAAAAAGGAGCGUGGGCAUUUAGGACUGGACUGGGCAGCUGGCUACAUGCCCCGGGGCAAGGCAGAGAUCUCUGAGGCAUGUCGACAGGCCUUCACCGCCACCUGCCACCUGCUGCUGGAGUGCACCACCUUCCCUGUCUACCUAAGUGAAGAGGAGACUCUGGCUCUUCACAACGACAUGUUUGGUCACACAGGCAGUGACAUGGACAGCCUGCCAGUGUGGUUGAGGUCCUUGAUGACACUGUGCUGCCUGUCCAGAGACUACAACAUCCAGCACACUGCAGUGGCCUCCCUGCUGGAACUCAUCAACCACUCCCAGUCCCUAGCACUGGUCAUCCAGGACAAGCACAGCCGCUAUCAGACAUGCGAGUCCAACCCUCUGAGUGGGCAGCUGCAGAUGGUCACCGUGCCACCCAUCUAUCCUGCUCUGCUUCGUGCCAUAGAGGAGCACACAGAUUUCUUUCAGAGGCUGUCCCAGGUACUGUGGAGCCAGCUGGACACAGAGCGGAGAGAGCAGCACAUUUCCUGUGUGGAACUCUUUUACAGGCUUCACUGUUUGGCUCCAUCAGCGUCCAUCUGUGAGGACAUAAUCUGCCAGGCGCUAUUGCACAAAGACAAGGCUGGUAGGCUGGAAGCACUACACCGCUUCACAGUUCUAUGGCAUCUGACGCGGGAGAUCCAGAGCAAUAGGACCAUGUCUCUCAAUCGCUCUUUUGACCGGUCUCUGUGUGUUGUGGUGGACAGUCUCAGUUGUACAGAUGGUUCCAUAAGUGCAGCGGCUCAGCGCUGGCUGGUCAGGGCUCUUUCCCUCAAUGACGUUAUUCGGAUCCUGGAGCCUAUUCUGUUGUUGCUGCUUUACCCCUCCACUCAGCGCUGCUCCAUUCUGAGAGUCAAACAAAAUCUCACUGUUGGUAACCUAAAGGUUCUAAGCAGCAGAAGUCGAAGCUCCACCAAAACGUCUGGGACGUCAGCGGAUGCCAUGGCAACAGAGGUCACCACAUUAAAUCUCAUGAACAUUGUGGACCGGGAAUCCCUGUGGGCAGAGUUAGACAGUGGCACAGAGUUGGCUAAACUACCAGACACUUUAGUGAUGUCUAGGAGUGAGAGUGAUGAGACAGAAGAGGAAGAGGCUAGAGAGGAGGUGGAGGAGGAGGAGGCAGAGAGUGAACACACUGAGUCAGCUGACACAAGUGGUGCCCAGGCGUCCACUGAGAACUCCAGCUCAGGAUCUGUCCCCUACCGCAGCAUUGAGGAAGGAGGUGUGGUCAACGGCCUGCGGAGGGCAGAGUCCGAGCACACGCAGGCAUCUGAUUCACUGUCAAGUGAGGAUGAGGAGGAUUUAGAGCUGGAAGCCAUGGCCAGGUCUCGUCUGCUAAAACAGGAACGUGAGAAGAGAGAAGCCAUCGACUCUCUGUUCCGCCACGUGCUGCUCUAUCCUGUGGCGGGCGGCUGGCGCCAUCUGCUCCAAGGCUUGGCACUGCUAGAUAGCCUGCUGAGGAGCAGUGCUGAGUGCCCUCUGGUGGAUGCCCUCUCCUCCACCUCUCUGGACACAAGCUCUGCUGCACAUUUAAAUCUGGUCUCCAACCUCCUGCAGCGCCACCAACAGGCUCAGGAUGGUCAUGGCUUCUACGGCUGCCUGCUUUCCCCUUCCUCCUCCCCCUCUGUGCCCCCGUCCCUGCUCAUUGAGCUGCUGGUGUCCUUGUGUCUUCGAUUCCUGCGCUCUCAUUACCCUUCCUAUCUGAGCCUGGGUCCUCUUGACAUGCAGGGAAACAGGGAGGUUCAGGUGAAAAGUGUGGAGGUUCUGACUCGGAUUGUCAACCAGCUUGGCUGCAUGGCACGGGGACAAGAGAGCAAUGGGGCCAGUCUGGAGCCUGUCCGCAGACUCCUCUCAGGGUGUAAAGUGCAGCAAUAUGCUCUGCUUACACUUUCUGCGUCCAUGUAUGUCAGCCAGAGGGGAACGGACAAGGGGCCACCCAAAUGUGUGGAGCUGCUGGAUGAACAGGGAGGAGGCCUGUCAGAGGAGAGUCUGGUGAAUCUUGGAGCAGGAGGGGGGCAGGAACAGUACCCCUUACAGAUGGAAUUACUGAAACUCCUCCAGGCUCUCAUAGUCCUGGAGUACCACGUGGGGCCUGGUGGUGCUGUCUCAGCAGCUGGGUCCAGUGGGGCAUCUGGCCAGCCCGGGGAGCCUCGGGAAUCCCCAACGGCCAGCACCCCCCUGGCUCGUGAGUGGCAAACUGCAAUUCUUUUCCAGCAGUCCAUCAAGGCAGCUCAGUAUGUCCCAAGCCACCCCAUCACAGCCCAAGGAAUGUUUGUGUCUGCCGCAGCCAGGGCUCUGCAGCCACAGUACGGCUAUACCAUGCACCCACACUGGGUGUCACUGCUGUGUUCCUCUCUGCCAUACUUGGGUCGUUCGUUAGGCAUCAUUGUGGCUCCACUCAUCAGUCAGAUCUGCAAGAACUUGGACGAGCUGGUCAAGCUUUACGAGCAUGAGGGAGGAAAGACAAAUCAGAGCCUGAGUGGUAGGAGGGAAAACAUUGCCCCUGACUACCCUCUGACUCUGCUUGAAGGCCUGACCACCAUAACACACUAUUGUCUACUGGACAACAAGAGGUCCUUGGUUGCCUGUGAUCCUGUGGAUGUCCGUAACGCACGCAGCGCCGUGAUCGAGGCACUACCGCACAUGCUCAGUAGUAUGGCAUUGUUAUGGGGGGUGGUCAUGAGGGAAGAGUUUCAGAGGCGUGCAUCUGACUCCGCUCAGAGCACCAGACACACUUCUACCUCUGUCUACUUUAAAAGCACCAAGAUCUUACGGCAGCGGAUAGUGGAGUUCCUGGUCCCUCUAACUGGGCAGUAUGGGGUUCAACUCAUGGCCUCACUUGGAGAAGUGUGGAGCAGAAGAAAGACUAAAAGGAGACAUAAAAACAAAGUAAGAACUACAGUUUUACCUGUGGCCAGUGAGUCUCGUCUAACCAUUGUGGAUCUGGUGAAAUCCUUGAACACGUUGCCCACAGAUACCAUCCUACAACUAGUCAAGGAGGUGGUGAAAAAACCACAUCAGAUCAAAGGAGAACAGAAGUCAAGCCUGGUCGAUAUCCCCAUGCUACAGUUCAGCUACGCCUAUAUCCAGAGUAUUUCAGCUCAGGCUCUGCAAGAGAAUGUUGCUCCUCUCCUCAGUCUGUUACGGGAGUCUGUUCAACUCAACCUGGCCCCACCUGGACACUUCUUACUGCUGGGAAUUCUCAAUGACUUCGUCAAUAGGCUCCUUAAUCUGGACAACAAGAAGGACAGCAGAGACCUGCAGGAGGUGACUCAGCGGAUCCUCGAGGCAGUGGGUGGGAUCGCAGGGUCAUCUCUGGAGCAGACUAGUUGGCUCAGCCGCAGCCUUGAGGUCAAAGUUCAGCCACAGGUGUGCCCUGAGGCAGACGAGGCUGAUGACGCAGACAUGGAUGGUGACCAUUACGAGUCAAUGGCUCAAGCUAGCACUAUGGUUUCGUCUUCAGCUCCCUCCAUUUACAGCGUGCAAGCUCUUGUACUCCUGGCUGAGAUCUUGGCACCACUUCUGGACAUGGUAUACCGCAGUGAUGAGAAGGAGAAAGCUGUUCCUCUCAUUUCUCGACUCAUGUACUAUGUUUUCCCCUACCUGAAGAACCACAGUGCCUACAACAUGCCCAGCUUUGAAGCGGGUGCUCAGCUGCUUAGCAGUCUAAGUGGGUAUGCCUAUACCAAAAGGGCCUGGAAGAAAGAGGUCUUUGAGCUCUUCAUGGACCCCCUCUUCUUCACCAUGGAUGCCUCCUGUGCUUCCAGUUGGAAAUCCAUUGUUGACCACCUCCUGACUCAUGAGAAGACCAUGUUUAAAGACCUCAUGAGCAUGCAGAGUGGGUCCCUGAAACUGUUUGCUAAUGUAGACCAGAAACCGAUGCUGUUGAAGCGCCAGGCCUUUGCCAUGUUCAGCGGAGAACUGGACCAGUAUCAUCUGUAUCUGCCCCUCAUCCAAGAGCGUCUCACUGAGGCUUUGCGUAUGAACCCUAGCCCUGCUGUUUCAGCCCAGAUGUUACUGAUGUUUCGUGUUCUCCUGUUGCGGAUUUCAUCUCAGCACCUCACAUCUCUUUGGCCAAUCAUGGUCACAGAGCUGAUUCGCAUAUUUGUACGUCUAGAGAAAGCUCUGCAGGCAGAUAAAGACGUCUCAAAAUUGGCUAAAGUGGUGCGUGGAGCCCUUGACAAAAAUGGACCAGUGAAUUUCUCUCAGACAGAGUUGGACAUGUACCUGUCAGCAUGCAAGUUUUUGGACACGUCCCUGGCCUUUCCUCCAGAGAGGCUACCUCUCUUUCAGAUGUAUCGUUGGGCAUUUGUCCCUGAGGUGGAUGUGAACUGCUACAGUGGCCCAGAGACUGCGCUGAUCGAAGGCGAGCAGGAAUGCAUACCCCAUGUUGUCAGAGUACUGGAGGGGAUACAGCAGCGAUAUGGGACACUGAAUGGGCUGAGUGAGGAAUCUUCCACAGAGCCUUUGGAGUUCCCCCUCCUGACUCAGCGCUCCCUGUCCUCCAUCACCCAGCUGUUGCCAUUCCUUCGCACCCUUUGCUGUUCCUUCCAGGGCCCUCCCCCCUACAACCACCCUACGUCCCACUUCCCAGUAGCAAACUACCCAGCAGCUAGUUCAGAAACUGUCCUGAAGAAGCUGGAGUUCAUCACUGAAGAUGAGUUCCUGGACUCCAUGGAGAGUUAGAACCCACACAUGAAGCUUUCAUAAACUAAGUCUUCUUCUCAAGCUUUCUGACCUGCAGCCAUACGAGUGGGAUGCAUAAAAAUAGGCACAACUGGUGAUAAUAUUGUAUCGUGAACUAGAAAAAAAGGAAUGUUUUGAAUUCUGUUUUUUAAUGUCUUAACUGUCUCAUCUCCACAUGAAUUUGUGUACCUCUGAGGUGCUCUCACACUGAAUCUGUAUAGGAAAAACAAAGGGACCUUUGUUGUAGUAAUUUAAAUGGGUUUUUUGGAUAUCUGAUAAAACAUAGAAGUAUUCAUUACAAAUUCCCAAUGACUGCUUUUGAGUAUCAUCUCAGCUGCAAAACAUCUCCACAUGUAGAUUAUGUCAGUGUCUACUCUUUUUGCUUUCUAUGGUUUUAGGCAAAAACAAUGUUAUUAUGUAAACCAACGUCAAAUGAUUAACUUAUUGUUAUUAUUAAGCAUGCAGCUUAUAAUAACAGUAGUUGCAGUAAAUAUUUUUUGUUUGACCUCAAAUAGCAGAUUCACUGUGAAGAACCUUAUUAAGUAUUGUUAAUAUGUUCUUUUAACUUCUUCAUAACCUCUGGUUAACCAUACUCUCUAAUACGUGCAUACAUUAUGUCUGUUUGACUGAGAAUGUAGAAACUACAGUAUCUGUCUGUAGAGGUACUUCCUCUUUUAUUGUUAUUGGAUACAUUAUGGGACCUCACAAGCUUUUUGCUAAGAUUUAUGUUAAGAGUUUUAUGAGUAAGUUACUGAACGUGAUUUGUGUUUUGAAAUAUCAUUGGGUGUACCUCGCUACAAUACGUGCUUACCAUUUGUGGUGUUUAAGGGAAAUCAGCCUUUCUUUGUAGUUGUUCAUGGAUAGUUUUUACAUCUGCCUGUUGUCUUUUUUUCCACAGUGCUGAAUGCUUAAGUAAUUUAUUUUGGAUGUUUAAAGGACCAUGUCAAGUUUUGAAUUAACAGAAAGACGACUCAUUAAAUUAAAUAUUAUGUUAAAAA